AAAUAAAUUAUUUAUUUUACAGAACCAUGGGCUCAAAAUUUUUGUCUGAUUGCAAUUCUGACUGUACUUGUUCUGAUCAUAACUAUGAUCCAAUUUGUGGUGCAGAUAACACAAUUUACUUUUCUCCUUGUUUUGCUGGCUGUCAGACGGUUUAUCAAGAAAAUGAGAGAAAGGCCUAUGGAUCUUGUUCGUGCAUUGAACACGGAGGGAUGAAUAUGACAUUUCGUGGAACUGAGUAUGUUGUCCAAGCAACUCGGGAGAAAUGUGAUAAUAAUUGUACUCAUGGUCCAUUAUUUCUGGGUGUUAUAUUUCUUUGUAUGUUCUUCACGUUUUUGGUCAGCAUGCCUUCUUUGUCGGCCACUUUACGGUGAGAAAGUUUUCUAAUUUA